AUGGGUGACGGAAGGGCUCACCCCGAGACGGCACAGCCCAUCCUGGUGCCCAAGGAAGGCUCCAAGCAGGGGACCUUGGUCCUCCGGGGAGCAGACUAUGAGCCAGAGGUCCCAACGAGGCAGGACUGUGCCAGAUGCAUAGAUGCCAAGGUCUCUUAUCCCACGUGGUCUUUGAGCAGUGCCCCUCCUGAUGGAGGCAGCUCACAGCCUGAGGCAGACCCAGGAGGCUGUGUUUACACCCUGCUGCUUUGGAGAGGUGGCGCCUUUCUUCUGGGGCUGUCCUCAAAGUGGUCCCCAGUGGAUACACCUCUUGGGGCUGCUGGAGCUCUGUGCUCAAUCAGUAAAUGCAAAUGUCCACCCUCUCCUCCCUGCUCCACAGCCCCUGCUCUCGAUGUAGACUGGCAGAACAACACUACCUUUGCCUCCUGUAGCACAGACAUGUGUAUUCACGUCUGCAGGCUCGGCUGUGACCGCCCCGUCAAAACCUUCCAAGGACACACAAAUGAGGUCAAUGCCAUCAAAUGGGAUCCUUCUGGAAUGUUGCUAGCAUCUUGCUCUGAUGACAUGACAUUAAAGAUCUGGAGUAUGAAGCAGGAUACAUGUGUCCAUGACCUUCAGGCUCACAGCAAAGAGAUAUACACCAUAAAAUGGAGUCCCACCGGACCAGCCACCAGCAACCCAAACUCCAACAUCAUGCUAGCAAGUGCUUCGUUUGAUUCCACGGUUCGACUGUGGGAUGUCGAGCGAGGCGUUUGCAUCCACACGCUAACCAAGCAUCAGGAACCUGUCUACAGUGUAGCUUUCAGCCCUGACGGGAAAUAUUUGGCCAGCGGCUCCUUUGACAAGUGCGUGCAUAUCUGGAAUACUCAGAGUGGAAGUCUCGUCCACAGCUACCGUGGCACUGGCGGCAUCUUUGAGGUUUGCUGGAACGCCCGAGGGGACAAAGUGGGCGCCAGUGCGUCCGACGGCUCUGUGUGUGUUUUAGAUCUGCGAAAGUAAACACAAAAUAUUGUAGAAAAAAGCAAAGAGUUCUAACGGACCAGCAGCGAACAUGUGGGGUUCAGCACCCUCAGACAGUCCUGUCAGCUCCCAAACUGUACGAACUUGACUUGGUUAGAGUGGACUUUGGAAUCCACUCAUCCCUGGCCGCAGGAGUCUAUAUUUUGUCGUAACCUUCAUCAAGAAGUUUCAAACAGAAACAUACACACAGUCAUAUUGAAAGGGGAAAGAAUGGUUUCCACCUGGAACAUUCAGCCUGCACACGAAGCUACCAGCCAGACAGUGCACGGUUUGGGUUCCAUCCAGAACAGGCUCUGAUGGCUAAGAGGAAAAAAAAAAGCUGUGCCAAAUAAAGAAAAAAAGAGAAAAGUGCUGUGAUAAACCAAAAGGAAAGGGGAAAAAAAUUCCUCCACGUGGUGGGUUUUUUUUUCCCCUUGACAAUUUGGACACUACAGUUGCUCUCACAAAAGAUGUUCAAAGACCAGUUUGUACCGAUGAAACGUGCAUUUGUAAUCCCAACACUUUGUAUUUUCUAGAAUCUUCUUUGUCCAGUGGUUUUUCUAUUGGCUGGAAUCCUGUCGUCUGGGGGCCUUUCAUCUGAGAUGGAAACUGUUUGGCUUGUUGCUUCCUUCCUCCUGUUUUCUGCCCCUCCCCGUCUUUCCUUUUUCGGUGUGGUUGCGAUUUGCAGUCCACGCUCAGUAGAUGCAGCCUCGUGGACAUGACGACAAAAUCUUUGACACGACGAUAAAAAUCUUUGACGGACAGCUUUCUCCCUCCCCCGGCCCCCACCCCCCUCUCUGUGUCCCUCUCUCAUAGUUGCUUCAGAUCCUAGGUCUCAAGGGCACUUUGGGCGCAUAAGUGCUUUAUGUAAGAAGGCAGGGCAGGGGGACUUUUUACAGAAGAAAAAAAAUGACUUAUAAGAGAAAGAGCCCGGAGUAUUUUUGGAAAAAGAAAAUAUUUUUAUGUUAAAGCAAUUUUAAAAUCCGAAAAGGGCCAUCAGACAUAGAGAGCUUUGUGUGAUUCAUAUUUUAAAUAAGUUUUAGGAAGCCACAGGCAGGGGCUGAGGUAGCUUUUCCCUCUCCCUUCAGCUUCAUGAGAGGUGGUUGGCACUCUGGGCAGAAGAGAGUCAGUCCUUGGCUCGGCAGCCACAGAAGAGGCCCCGCUCUGUGGCUCCAGGACGAGCAGGCGUCCUUUGGGGCACGGCCACCUUCGGAGCUGGCAGGAGAGAAGCGAAAAACAGGACCCUCUGGCCCCGAGAAGCAUUCCCCAAACCUGACUGUACCGAAGAAGCCAUCAGAACCGACAGCCCGGCUCAGGCUACAUCUUUUUCGACAUAUUUUUCGCAGCAGUGUAACUACCAAUGGCCGCUUCACCGAGAGCAGGCUGGCAGGUCCUUGCCAGGCUGACGGUGAGGGCCCCUGGAUCUCACUUGGUCUGUUAAUGACAAAAAUGCACGGAGAUGGAAGAUUUUUCAACCCUGAAGGUAAAUUCUCUAGGUAGAAUGUCACUAAUAAUUUCUGCCAUUUUCAUCAUUUCCUUCCCUCACAAGGGACUAGGAGAAAGCUUUUCUUUAUUUUAAUAGUGAAUCUUUUUACUGUUUUUAAAAAGUUAAACAUGGUUUUGUGUUCCUAGAGGAGUUUCCCUUCCUUGGAUCAGGUGACCUUUGUACUCUUGUUGUCAUACCCCGCCGCUGACCCAUCGGUUAAAUUAGCCGGGGAAAGGACUGGAGGCCUGGGCGUCUUCUCUCAUCCUCUGCCUGCGGGUGGAGGAAGGGAUGGGGAGGUUGGCCAGGCCUGGGGGUGCUGGCAUUGGGCAGGUUUCAGCGGGGGUGUGUUCCAGCAACGAAACAGGAUGUUAUUCAGAGGUGGCGUCCAUCCGUGGAGCCACAAGGCCACCGUCAGGGCAGAGUGCAGGCCUCCUGCAGAACUUGGAGGGUGCCGGGACCAGCUGUGGGAGCCAGGCCGCGUUCGUCCUUCUCAGAUCACGGGUGGGCCUCCACGUGGAUAUGCGAAUUACUCCAGCCCCAGCUGUGGAAGACCAAAGAGCGCUCUGUUGAUUUCUUCGGUAGUUGAUUCAGACUCUGUUACUAAACUCUUAGCAAAGGUCAGAGUUCUGUGGAGUCACCCAUCUUUGAAGCUAGCAGGCACCCCCAGGUACAUUGAUAGUUUCCUGACCCAAGAAAUCAUUAGGCUUGGGAUGUAGUUUGUGGGGGUCCAGAUGAACACCAUCUUGACCCCUCCCCAAAUAAAAAUGUAUUCAUCUCUGCAGAGCCUCAGCUGUCGAGGGUCGGCCCGUGGUCAGGACACGGCUUGUAUGUGACAGGCCACACACUGCUGUGGGGUGGCGAUGGUAGGACGUACUAUAAGGGGCUCACUAGACAAUCCACACGUAAAGGUCGUAGCCAGGGUCUCGCUGAAGUGUUGGCUUUAGCCACUUGACAGAUCUGAACCACUUGGGAAUGGUUAGGUGGGAGCCAAGGGCUGCAAGGCAUGGACCACAUGGGCUUGAUCCUCUGCACAGAAGUGAACCUGACAAUGAUGGAGGCAGACUGUCCACAUCCCUGGCUUCGUGACCAGCCAUCGGAGGGGAGCUCACCGCAGGCCACACGGGGGACCAAGCCUGAGAACGCAGUCGGCGCCCCUCAGAUCCAUCCCCGUUCUCAGCUGAAUGACAGCUAUUGAUUGCACCUCUGAUGUUUGCCUGCCAGCGUCCGCCCUGCCGGAAAAGUCAGGACCUUGAGCUUUGUCCUCAAGGGGUGGCCCAUGGGAGUGAUAGUGUUUGACGUUGUUUACAGCGCUUAAAAAUUCUGAGUAAUGCUCAAGUCUUAGUGACCAAAUUUAACCUUGAUUCUGAAAACAGACGUAUCCAGAACCUUUUGUUGGGUUUGAAGUGACCAAGAGCACACCCCGCACACACCUGGGACGGAUGCUGCGCCCCACCCCGGGGACGUUACAGGGUUUCACCCCUCUGACCCCACACGACAGCUAGGACUUGACUUUCGUUUUGUCUCUAAAGAUAGAUCACGGAGCCAAGGGAAGUGCACUUUGUCAAACGUAAGCGUCUGCUUUGUUCCUUGUUAUUUCUCUCUUUUCUAACCUUUUGUUCCACCUUUUUUUUAAUCGUGUUUCUUGUCAAAUGCAGAAAUGUUACUUCCGCCACUCUCUGAUGUUUCGAAUUCUGGCUUCUGCGGUUUUUAUUGUCUGUGUCAGACGUGCAGCCAGAUGUGGUUCUCUGUCAGCCUUUCCCAGAUUCUGUUCCAUCCACAUUGACCCCCGUUCUGUUCUCCCUCCACCCCACUCACCCUCACGCUCUCUGAGAAAAAGAAUCACCUUGUGUGUUGUAGCUCAUUUGUUUCAAGAGAGAAUCAACAGAUCAUAUUCAGUGUGUUGAAUAAAUUGCUCUAUUUUGAUAUUA